CAGAGAGAUAAAGAGCUGACCCCAGCCCAGCACCUGCAGCAGCGUCUGUAGCCUGAGUGUCACUGAGAGACAAUGGAGCCAGCACCUGGGACUGCUGAGAGUGAAGUGCCGCUGCAGGGGAGAGUUAACAGCAAUGGACACCUGGAGACUGUUGGGGAGCCAGAACCUCGUCAUAACUACAGGGGAUGCACAGUCGCCCUCGCAGCCAUGUCCCUAGGUCUCAUCAUCGCUGUUAUUGUCCUGGCAGUGUUGCUAUCUAGGUGUUCUCCAGCUGCCCUGGGCCCCUGGUGCCUGGAUGACUGGAUCGGUUACCGAGGGAAAUGCUACUAUUUCUCAGAGGUCGAAGGGAACUGGACCUACAGCCAGAGCAACUGCUCCUCCCUUGGUGCCUCCCUGGCUGCGAUCGACACCCUGCAGGACCUGGAUUUCCUGCAGCGCUGUAAAGGCAAACCCCACCACUGGAUCGGCCUCCGGAGGGACCCGGGGCAGCCCUGGAAAUGGGUCAACGGCACCGAAUUCAACAACCUGUUUCCGAUAACAGCAGAUGGUGACUGCGCGUAUCUGAAUGACGAGAAUAGGGUCAGCAGCUUGCGAUGCACCAGUGAGAGACACUGGAUCUGCAGCAAACCCGAUGCAUUUACAAAGGCAAAGGAGGCUGCAGUGGAAGGAGGCUCAUAACAAGAGUAUUAUCAAAAAUUAGCCCUGGAACUGGGGUUAAAUUUCCUGUUCACUCGCUUCCUGGAGCCCAUUGGGUUGGAAGGGGCAGGGAGUGAGUAGGUGUGACACAGACCAGGUAUCAGCUCAUGCCCAAGUCCCCAUGUCUCAGUAGGACACUGACAAAUCCCCAGCUGGGGUCAGGCUGGCUCACCUGUGUGUUAAAAUAGGUAUUAGAAUUAUAAGAAUGUGCUUAGACUUUAGUAAAUGCAUUUGAGCUGC